AAGCAAUCAACCAAUGAGAGGAAGGAUCGUGUAUGUUGACAGAAAAAGAUAAACUUUUGAACACGUCAAAUCUGUUUUACGGCACUUACGAUUGUUUUCUUGAAAAAAACACACAGUUCAAUAAUUAUUUUGUCGGAAUUAGCGAAAAAAUGAAAGCUACCUUGUAUUUCACAUUAUUUACGAUAUUUUUUUCUAUUGUCUCAGCAAGAAUUGAUCCAAAAAAUUUGAAAUGUCUCGUAUGCCGUACAACAUUUGAGGAGCUGCACCAGGUGAUUAAAAAAAUUGACAAAUGGAAAAAAGUCGAUGUUGGCAACUUCCGAAUGGAUAAAGAUGGCAAUACCAUGCAGCAGAAGGUGCCAGCGCACAGAUCUGCUGUGUACAUCUCCGAGUUGAUUGAUGAGAUUUGCAAGAAAAUGGAUGACUAUGUACGCGUGUACUACAAGUCUACUGGCAAGCUGGCCAUCAUGGAGCUGAUGACCAAGGAUGGAGGCAUGAACCCCGAGUUUUCCAAGACCAAGUUUGUCACUGAUGAUGAUUUGAACAAGAGUCUUGAGUAUUAUUGCGAGCGUAUGUUUGAAGAUAACGAAGAAGAAAUUACCAAACUAUAUGUGAACAGGCCUGAGGAUGAUGUUAUGCCAGAUGCAGAGAAGGAAAUUUGCUUCAACCACGCUAAGUACUGUGAAGAUUGGAUGUUGCCAAACGAAAAAGACACAACAUGGACACCAGAAAUGGAGGCUGAGUAUGUUAAGAUUCACGGACCGGAUCCAUAUGGUUUCGGCGGUCUUCCGCCACAAAUGGAGAAGAUGCCCGACGUGUCCGAAGACUAUGAUGACACCGAGGAAAACUCUGACGACUUUGAAGUGCCCGCGGAACCGGAGAAGGACGAGUUAUAAUUUAGUUAUAAAAAAUAUUUUGUAUAGAUUUACCCUCUUUCCGCCCUUAAACGAUUCCAAUCCUAUGCAAUCCAAUCCAAACGCUUCUACCCGUCGCGAAAAUGGACCAAUCAGAACAUUUUUCUUUUUAAUAUACUUACAAAUGACGUAUUUUGAUUGGUUUAUUGUCGGCAUUGGGUCAAUAAAAACGGCCGUUAGUCGUAGACACUUAUCUAUAUCCUUGUUAGUAAUGUAGGGAGAUACGAAAUAUUCAAUAAUUGUGAUACGCGUUUGUGGAAAAGAUGGUUUAUAUUUAUUUCAAUAGAAUUUGUUAAGUGUGAAUAAAUACUAAAAUUUUUUGAAUUUAAAUUUGUUUACAUUUUUUAUAAAUUCCAAUGUAAUAUUAUAUAUAUGUCCAAGUAUUUAGGUAUUAUUCGUUGUUAAAUAGAUGUCGCUAGGUUUCAUAAGUUUUGUUUUUAAAAAUCAGUGCAUGGCAUAUUAAUGAUGUGACUGCAUGGAAUUAUUACGUACUAGUAGUGAAUUAAAAUAAAGUUUAGAAUGUUCUUAAUUUUUUUCGCUAUUUAUAGUAGAAAGAAAUAUUUAUAUACUGUUAAAUAUGUUUUGUUAAUUUAUUUCACUUGCACUAAUUGGUUGUUUGCGAAAAGUAUAUAUUAGAAUUUAUUUACAGAAUGUAGAAUGAUUUUUGAUUUAAGUGUUGUGCAAUAAUAUUCUAGGGGUGAUUGUAUUAAAGGUCGGCAUUUCAAAUUCUGACUGUCAAAGUAAAAAUAAAGACUUUCUGUACCUACUUAACUUCAGUUCCAUUGUAAGUAUAAAUAUUUCGCUGCUUUGUUGAGAAUAUGACUAUAAAAUGUUACGUGGCAUAAAACAUCACAAUGUAUGAUUUUUUUUAAAACCGUUAUUUAUUUAGUUUUUUUUUAUCUAGCAUGGAUAUGCCAACCCCAUUACAAUGUAUGAUAAUGUUAAAAACAUAUUUUGUGUCCGCGAAAUUUUUGGCCAGAAUUAUACUCAAAUUUAAAGAAAUUAAAAAAUCGUUGUGUAUAGUGAUGGAUCUACCAACAGGUCUUCCUUUUUGUGUGCCUUAUAAAAACAUGACAUUUGUGCCUUAAUUUAAAUUAAUUGUAGAACUUAUUUGUAAUAAUAUUGAGAUUACACCGAUACAAAAGUAUAUUGAGUUACAUCGUGGUUUCUAUUUGUUGUAACAAGUUUGAAUUCGGUUUAAUAUUUACCUUUAAAAGCAUUUAUUACAUAUUAUUUAUACUGCAUAAAAGUUUUUCAAUAUUUAUUAUUAUAUAAACAUCAUUUUUUAUUACAUAGACUUAGAUUCAGUACGUACAUUACAGAAAAUAAACAAUAAAAAAUCACUAUCUAUCAUGCAAGUUGUGUUAUAUGGAUUAGAAGAGAAAAAAUAUGUUUCGGUUAAAAACAGCCAUUGACAGUAUUUGGUUUCUAUACUUGCAUUGAGAAUGGUUUAAAAAGUCGAAAAAACAAUUGAAAAUAUUUUUCACGUCUGUUAUUUUCAAACAAGGUGAAUUAAUGUGACAAUAAGACUUUUUUAAGGGCAUUGAGUGAUGAUAAACAUUAAAUAUGUUGUUAAAAAUA